UAAAUUAUAAACGGUCAGAAUUAGAAACUCAGAGCCAUAAAAUCAAUAUUCCUUUCAAUCCUGAUUCCUGGAUAUAAAAGAACAACACCCAGAAUUUCAAUUCUCUCUCUCUAUCCCAAUUAUAUUGAAAACCCCAUUCUCUCUCUCCUCUCCCUCUCUCUCUCUCUUUCUCUCUCUCUCUCUCUGGGAGUACCCUUUUGAUCUCGCUUGCUUUGAUCGGUUUUCGUUUCGGAACUUUUUGAAGAAAUUCGGCAUUCUUCGGAUAUAAUCCCUUUGUUUAUGAUAAUAAAAUACAUUGGCUGGAGCGAAGGGAUUAUUUGCGACUUCAAUGGGGCAAAGAAAUAUGCUAUGCCCUAGUCAGAUGAUCGAUUUGGAAAUGAGUCAACAAGGGGAAGGUUAUCCCUGUCCCCCACCCUCCGUCCAUUUUGGGGGCGCUUCUAGUAUCCAACUGCACAAUGUUCACACAAUGGUAACAGCUUCAGGGGGCACUACUAGUUUUGAUGCCCAACAUUUACCCGAGGGUUAUGAUAAUGCCGCAUUCUAUGGGAUGGCCCAGUACAGUGGUGUUCAGCAUCAUCAUAAUCUUGAUUUGGGCAUUGCGACUCCAGCCAACUAUUAUUAUUCGUACAUGACUCCUUCGUCUAGUACUGGGGUGUUACCUGUUCCUCUAAAUCACGGUGCUUCUGAUCCGUCGCCAUCUUCUAGCCAUUAUGGAGCCAUUGGAAUUUCUGCAGAUGAGUAUGGUAGAAAUAGUCGCAUAAUGGAUGAUGCUAGAGGUCAGUUUAAGAGAAAAAACCCUGAAGGCCUACCAGGGAAUUUCCAAUAUUUUAAUGCCUCUGCAACCCCUAGUUCUUCAGUGCCUCCUUUGAAUUUGAGGAAUCCUGAUGGAGUUGCUGUAAUGGAUGCUGUAACUUAUGCCUUGCCUCAGUAUGCGGGAACUGGCAAUCCACCAAUUAUGGAAGCAGGACCUCAGAGUAGUAUGAGGAACAGAUCAGCUACAGCUGGGCUUGAUUCUGUUAUGACACAUGACCAUAACCAUCUGAAUCAAGUAAAUUAUGCGGGUCAGCGCUUUCAGCCGGCUGGAACACUUUGGUUGGAUCAACAUUUAAGUAGUAACAGUGGGGAUGGAAGUUCUCCAUCCUGGAAUCCAGUUCCUACUAUUCCUUUUAUGCAUGGGGGUAAUGUCACAGUAGGUUCUAUGGACAGCGCAAACAUGGGUAUGCAAAGAUAUCAUGAUUCAUCUAGCAACAGAAAUUCCUCUAUUCUCCGGCAUCCUCCUCCGCUCAACCACCGCCAUCAUAAUCAGCAUGUAGCACCACCCAUGCAAGGAUUAAGAGGCCACAACCUUAAUUUUAUCCCCCAGGGUGCCACAGCAGCUUCAUAUAGAUUACCCACAAGUUCCUCGCGCAGCACCAUGAAUCCUUCUCAGAAUGGUUUGGAGAUUGGUCGUAGGCAACCAGGAUCUAUUCCCUCGAAUGGUUUUAGGAUAUACAGGCCACACCAAGGAGUUAUUCCCGAGGCAGCUUUAAGACACCAGAACCUUCCCCACUUCAGAGUUCUUCAGGCUGAUGAGGGUGUCAUAGUAGAUGUUCCUAAUUUAUAUGGAAGCUUUCUUGACCAGCACAGAGACAUGCGGUUGGACAUAGAGGACAUGUCCUAUGAGGAGCUUCUUGCAUUGGGGGAGCAAAUUGGCCAUGUAAACACUGGGUUGUCAGAUGAGGCCAUUAGAAAACAACUAAAGACAAGGUCUUAUUUAUCAUCUUCAAUUAAUUUAAACCUCGAAGAUGCUGGAUCCCCAGAGAAGGAAGCCGAUUCCUGCAUUAUAUGCCAGGAUAAUUACAAGAACCGCGAGAAGAUAGGAAUUCUCCACUGCGGACACGAGUAUCAUGCAAGUUGCUUGAAGAAGUGGUUGCUUGUGAAAAAUGUGUGCCCCAUCUGCAAAUCCGAAGCGUUGAACACAGGGAAGAAGAAUGUAUAGAAGGGGCGACAGUUGAAUGACAAAGGAUUCUUCCUUUGUUCUUUCAUCUAACUUUAUUUUGUUAUAUAUUUUUGUAUAUGCACCGGCAUAUAAUAUAUAUCGACCAACUGUUACCAACAUUGGUCAUGUACCUAUCAAACUUGUACAGACUUUUUAAAUUUUUUUUUUUAAUUAUUCUGCCUCUGCGGUCGCACUUGGUGCGAUGGCAAGUGCCUUCGCCUAUGAGUGGUAGGUCUCGGGUUCGAGACUUGGGAGGAGUCUCUCCAUAAAUGAGGGUAAGGCUAGCCGACAUUCACCUCUCCCAGACCCUGCGUAAAGCGGGAGCCUUGUGCACUGGGUACGACCUUUUUAAUUAUUCUGCCUCUGCGGUAUUACUCUUGGUAAUUAAGCCACAUCUUGUUCAAUUGUGUCAACUAUUUGUUUAUUUUUUUUGAAUAAUUCGUCUUUGUCGAUGAAAAAUGAUCGGCCGACGCUGAAUUAUGACUAUGUUUGAAAGAGAAUGUAAUGUUUUUGUUCGUUAUAUUGAUAUUAAGCACUGUAAA